CGGCAGAGCCCCUGCGGGGCCGUCCCGUCCCCUCCUAACAGGCCCCGCCCCGGUGGGCGGAGCUACGGGCCCGGCCAGCACGUGUAAGAGUUCCCGGCGGGUCGCCGCAGUCACUCACCUGAGCGCCUCGGUCUGAGCGCGCACGGUCCGCGCGUCCUCCGCUCGCGCCGUCCUCCCCGAGACGACGAGAUGGAGAUGCCGGACCUCGUCAUCGACGUGAAGCCUGAGCCAGACCCUCGGCCCCUACAGGCCCCAUGGCCGAGGCCCUUUUCCCCGAAGGAGGUGCCCGCGUCGGGGCCGUUCGGGGGCGAGCCCCGCAGCUCUCCUGGCCCCAUGCCCGCUGGGGCCGCCCUCCACGCUCUCGGCGCGCGGAACUCGUGGGCCUUGUGGACGCCACUGACCCCGAACCCUCCCGACCGCCAGCCUUGGGCAGACAAACACCCAGAUCUGUUGACCUGCGGCCGCUGCCUGCAGACUUUCCCGUUGGAGGCCAUCACUGCCUUCAUGGACCACAAGAAGCUGGGCUGUCAGCUCUUAGGAGGCCCCAGCCCCUGCCAGGGCUCAGAACACGAGGACCUGAAGGCUUUGAACUGCCUCCGCUGUGGCAGACAGUUCACAAGGGCCUGGAAACUGCUGCGCCAUGCCCAGUGGGACCACGGACUGUCCAUCUACCAGACGGAAUCGGAGGCCCCGGAGGCCCCAUUGCUGGGCCUGGCUGAAGUGGCCGCAGCUGUGUCGGCGGUGGUGGGGCCAGCAGCUGAGGUCAAGAGCCCCCAGGUGAACAGCCUCAGCCGGCGGAGCCCCACCUGCCUUGUAUGCAAGAAGACCCUCAGCUCCUUCAGCAACCUCAAGGUGCACAUGCGCUCGCACACGGGCGAGCGGCCUUAUGCCUGCGACCAGUGUCCCUAUGCCUGCGCCCAGAGCAGCAAACUCAACCGCCACAAGAAGACCCACCGACAGCUGCUGCCCCAGAGCCCCUGCAUGGCUGACACCAGCCAGGAGCAGGCCUCCGCAGCCCCUCCGGAGCCAGCUGCCCAUGCUGCUGCCCCAGCCAGCACCGUCCCAUGCAGCGCUGGUGAGGGGGCUGGAGCCGCCGCCACAGCCGGUGUCCAGGAACCUGGGGCUCCCGGCAGUGGGGCUCAAGCGGGCCCUGGUGGGGAUGGUUGGAGAGCUGUCACCAAGGAGGAACAGAGAAUUGACCGAGCAAACAGUCAGAAGACAUCACCCAAGAAGAUGCCCAAGUCAGUGGGCAAGAGCCGUGGGGCCGGAGGCCGCUGCGAGUUCUGCGGGAAGCAUUUCACCAACAGCAGCAACCUGACCGUGCACCGGCGCUCGCACACCGGGGAACGGCCCUACGCCUGCGAGCUCUGCUCCUACGCCUGCGCCCAGAGCAGCAAGCUCAACCGCCACCGCCGCAUGCACGGCCUGGGGCCGGGCAGCACCCGCUUUGAGUGCCCCCACUGCUGUGUGCCCUUCGGCCUUCGUGCCACCCUGGACAAACACCUGCGGCAGAAGCACCCAGAGGCCAUCGGGGAGGCCUGAGCACAGGCAUGCCCUCCCUGCUGUCCCUGGUACAUGACUGUUGACAACCCACCUUCUGCAAGUAAAUUGUCCUUGUUAUUUA